AUCACACAUACCAAACUCUCCAUCAAGAAAAGACUUUUUGUUAGAAUAUUUUUUAUCCUCCACACCAAAACAAAUUAUUAAAGAAAGUGAGAAUGUGCCAAGAAAAACUAUGAACAAAAAUAACCCAACUUUAUUAAGGGGUUGCAUUAAACCCUUCAUUCCACAUUCUUAGAGUUAAUUGAAUAAUUUUCUGCAACAAAAUUCAAUUUUCUGAAAUUAAUUAUAUAACUAAUUUCAGAAGUUGAUAUUCAGAAGAUGUUUUCAUGCCAGCGCAUAACUGGGACUUAUUCUUUGAGUUUUCCUCCUUCCUUCACAAGUUUCUUAUUGCCAGCUCCUUUGCCUACCUGGCCUCAAGGACGAGGAUUUGCAACAGGAACAAUAAACCUCGGAGACUUAGAGGUUACAGAAAUAAGCAGAUUCGAGUUUGUAUGGGGAUCUCAUCUUUCACAUGACAAACGAAAAAGUGUUUCAUUCUACAAACCUUUAGGAAUACCUGAAGGAUUUUUCUGCCUUGGUCAUUACUGUCAACCAAAUGGCAAACCUUUAAAUGGUUAUGUUCUUGUAGCCAAAGAUUUAGUGUCACAAAAUCGCGGUAUUACUGACUCUGACAAUGAACCAGUAUCAGUGUAUUCACCAGCACUUUCAAAGCCUCUUGACUAUACUCUAGUUUGGAAUUCAGAUGAUGGCAUGGCAAUUCGCGACCAACCUUCUUUCUUUUGGGUACCGAAACCACCUCGUGGGUAUAAAGCCCUAGGUUUUGUUGUUCUAACACGGCGAGGUAAACCUCAUUUGGAUGAAGUAAGAUGUGUUAGAGAAGAUCUUGUUGAUGAUUGUGAGACUUCUGGUUUACUGUUUGAAACACUUUCAAAAUUCAGAAAAAUCUCUUUCAAAGUUUUUGAAACUAGGCCUUGUAAUGGAGGUAUGUUAGGGAAAGGUGUUUCAGUAGGAACCUUCUUCUGUAACAGUCAAUUUACUGGUGGAGAAGAACCUUCUAUUGUUUGUUUAAAGAAUAAGAACUCAAAAUGGCAACAUGGAUUACCUAAUCUUGAUCAAAUCCAUGCACUUAUUCAGCAUUAUGGUCCAACCAUUUUCUUUCACCCUAAAGAGGUUUACUUCCCAUCUUCUGUCCCAUGGUUCUUUGAACAUGGAGCUUUGUUGUUCAAAACGGGUCAAUCCACGGGCGAAUCCGUCAAUUCUGACGGGUCAAACCUUCCUAACAGUGGAACAAAUGAUGGGGAAUUCUGGUUAGAUUUUCCAUCAGAUCAUGAUAAAAGAAAAGCUCUAAAGAGUGGUAGCCUUGAAAAUGCUCAACUUUAUGUUCAUGUAAAACCAGCUUUAGGUGGUACUUUUAUUGACAUAGCAAUGUGGUUGUUUUCACCUUUCAAUGGACCAUCAACCCUUAAAAUUGGACCAACUAACAUUUCAUUGAGAAAAACAAGUGAACAUAUUGUUGAUUGGGAACAUUUUACACUUCGUAUAAGCAACUUCACUGGUGAGCUACAUUGUAUGUAUUUCUCGCAACAUAAUGAUGGUCUUUGGAUAAGUGCCUGUGAUUUGGAGUUCAUCGAAGGGAACCGACCUGUUCUUUACUCGUCUAAGAGCGGUCACGCUACGUUCGCUCACCCGGGGACUUACCUUCAAGGGUCCUCAAUUUUGGGGAUAGGUAUAAGAGAUGAUUGUUGUAGAAGUGACUUCUGUUUGGAUUCUAGUACACAAUACCAAAUUGUUGCUGCUGAAUAUCUAGGAAAUGAAGUUGUUGAGCCUUCUUGGCUGCAAUUUAUGAGAGAAUUGGUACCAAAGGUCAUCUUUGACCAAGAAACUGUUUGAUCAAAUAAUCAAAGAAUACUAACUUUUUUUUUAAAAUAUUGUGCACCCUUAUCCAUCAUCUAAAUCACGGGUUAAAUAGCUUCUUUUUGUUAUACUGAAAAUGGUUAAAUAAAUAGCUUUUUAGCUGCCUUAUUAGAGCAUCUCCAAUUGUAGUUAGAAAAUUGCUUAAAAUGUAUAAAAGUUUCAAGAUAAUAGCUAGACCAUUGGAGUGGAAAUAAUAAAUUAGCUUGGCCAAGCAAAUUAGCAUAAACAAGCUAAUCUGUUUGACAACUAGCUCCCAAAAGUUACUAAAUAAUUAAUUGACUAGUGAGA